AUGAGUCAUAAUAGUUUAUGUGGUAGAGCAGGAUGUAGUAAGAUAAGGGCACACUAUUGUAGUGAUCAUAAGAUUGUACUCUGUAGUACUUGAUAUGACAUCUCCCAUCCUACAUGUGAUUCCAAACCGAUCCUGAAUCCAGAUUCUAUAAUGAACACCAUUAAAACUCUUGAAAAGUUCAUUGAUAGUUUAAACAAAGAAGCUAGGAAAUAUGAAUUACUGGUGCAGAUGAAGGAAUUAGAAAAUUCAUUAAACAGUAUCUCAAAUGCUGUUGCAAGUGUUAAGGAAGAAGCAAGAUUAGCAAUUGAAAAUGAUGAGUUCUUGAAGUACAAUGAUAUGAAGAUUAAAGCCCAAGCUGUUAAAUUAAACAUUCUAAAUUGAAAAUAUUGAAAAUCUGAGGAAAAGCCAAAUGAAAUCAUUGAGUUGCUAUUUUAUUCGCAAUUUUUCAGAUUAUAUGAUGCCGAUGAAAGCGAAGAGAAUGUCAAAAUUAGAGCAAAUAAAAGAAAGACAUAUCCAGAAAUUUCCUUGUCAAAUAAUUUUUAUGAUAUUGAAUCAUCACAAGAGACCUUCAUUACUGAGAAGCAUUCUGAUGCCCCUAAUAUGCAAAGGAAAAGAUUUUUGGAACCAAGAGAGAUUGAAAAGCUCACAGAAAAGAAUAAAGCUCUUGAAGAUGACAAUAGGAGACUCAAAGAAGAAAAUUUAAUUUUAAAGAAGAAGCUUGGAGAAUAUGAACUCACAAAUCAAUCCCAAGCUAAGAAGAUUGAACAAUUGAAAAAAACCAAAUGAAAGAAAUGACCCAAAAUUCUCUUAAAGAAGAUAACGAAAAAAGAUUCUAAGCAUGAUGAACCUCUUGAUAUAUACUCCUUAUAAAAAAUUCGGGACAUACAAAGUCAGAUGGAGAGUAUAAUCAGAAUAACUUUCAAUUAAUUCU